AUGGCGGAGAUGACAAAGGAGGUGCUGAUUGCCGCGUGCAAAAACAAUGGCGGCUACGCGGCUCCUCACCUCAACUGUCAGUUGUUCCUUCAGUGCCGAGGAUUUCAACGCAUUGAAAAUCUUGAGGAUUACGUGAACCUCAAGGUACUGUGGCUGGAGCAAAAUGCCAUUACGGAGCUGAACGGCCUAGAAACACUGCAGCAAUUAGUCUCUCUUUUUGUUCAAAACAACAUCAUUACUUCUCUUCGUACACUUCCCGUGCUAAGCAACUUGCGCGUACUUAAUGUGUCACAUAACUACCUGACUUCUCUCGCCGGUCUUGCUCAGUCAUGCGGGCACCUAGAGACGCUCCAGAUAUCGCACAACCUGAUUGGCAGUCUGGAUGCCUGUAACGAACUGUGGGAGCUCAAGGGGACCUUGACCAGCGUGGAUCUUUCCUUCAAUAAGAUCGAGUUGGGUGAGGGAAAGUCAGGUCCCGUGGAAUUCUUUACAAAGCUGCCAAAUGUGAGUGUCAUUUAUUUUCAUGGCAAUCCUGCAGUUUGUGGAUUGAAAGGUUACCGACGCCAAAUGGUGCUUCGUCUCCCCCAGCUGAUGUACUUGGAUGAAAGACCCGUUUUUACAGAGGAACGUCGUUGCGUGGAGGCAUGGGGCUCUGGCGGAGAGGCAGCGGAGGCACAGGAACGGGCGAUGAUUCAAAAUGAAAAAAAGAAACACCUGGAAAGCUGUGUGAGCAUUUUGUCUGACCGUAUGGAAGAAAAUCGCGCUCUCCGUGACAAACUGACAAAACAAUGGGAAGAAAAACGUGCAUUGGAACUAGAAUGUUUGAGAAACAUGCGUCGCGAGUUUCAUGCCCAGCGGGAGGAGCUGACACUGAUGGAAGAGCGUUGCAGGCCAUCUGUGGGGGAUGCCGAAGUCGCCUCGCGGCUCCGCAUCGAGGAGGAAUUCCGUGUCACAAAAAUUACGCUUGACGCCAUGGAGAAGGCACACCGCCGAGCCUAUGACCACGAGAAAGCGAUGGAGGCUGUGCAAGAGGAGGCGCUUAAAGAGAUUGAAGAGGAGUUUCAGCAGCAGCAGCAUCAGCAUCAGCAUCCACAGCCGCAGCCGUCGCAGACUGGUUUGGGAUAUGAAGAUAAUUCUGUGCAAGCUCUUUUGAUGUCGGAUGAAGAGAUGCUGCAGGAGAUGGAGGAGGAAAUACUGCGCGUACUGGAGCCUCUUGAGGGGGCUGAUCAUGUAAGCCGAACGACGUUGAAAUUGGAGCGCGCGGUAGAUGCUGUGGCAUCCCGCCUGUGUGGGGGAAAGAGAUCCUCAGCAACAUCACAUCGUGUGCAACUGUGGAAAAAAUUUGCCCAGUGGGAAAUGCGUUUGAAAGAGUAA